UUUUCUUUUCGGUUUUUUUUUUUCUUUUGUAAUUUCUUCUGUCUCUUUGUUAUUUUUGUAAUUUGUUUCUAAACCAAAAAUAUGUUUCAAUAGGCUAUACACCAUAGUUUUAAUGUUACACACCACGUUACAACAUAAUUUAUAAUAGACAGCAGAUCUGUUAAGUUGAACUGUACAUUUUUUUUUAUUACCUUAUAAAACAUGUAACCAUCCCUCAUUUGUAAUCUUAAAACAUGAUGGUUUCUCCGCCCCUCAUCUGUCACCCGCUGGAGAGAAACUGGGCGCGUGCUUUUCAAAACAAGCCAGGGCGGAUCACGUGCACUGGAGAGCAAAAGCAGCAGCUCGCGCUCUGAUCACAGCAUUUCGCUUCAGGUGUGCUCAUGGUUGUACUGCGUCAUAUCUCCGUGGCGUGCAGCGCCGCGAUGGCUGCGGUCGGGACCGCGCUGUUUAUCGCACUCAAUCUCUUUUAUAAAAGACGGGUAUGGACACCAGAGUCAGACUACUACACGUUCCGAGAGGAGGAGGAGGAGGAGCGCAAUGAGAAGCAGGUGCUCGUUCUUGGGUUGGAUGGCGCUGGUAAGAGCAGUGUUCUGCAGGGGCUGAGUGGAGCUGGCUACAGGACGGGCUGCCGACCCACACGCGGCUUCAACUUCAUCAGCCUACACACACCUGCAUGCCAGUUGGACUUCCUGGAAAUUGGAGGUGGCGAAGACUUGCGAAUGUACUGGGUGGAUUACCUAAGGAAAACACACAUCUUGGUGUACGUGGUGGACUCCUCUGAUAGAGGACGGCUUCCUCAGGCCAAAGACGAGCUCCAUCGAUUACUGAAAGCACACACUGAUCUUCCAGUGGUGGUCUUAGGAAACAAACAGGAUAAGCCCGAUGCUGUUAGCGUCCCGGAGCUGCGUGAGGCUCUUUCCCUGAGCUCAGUGGCGGAUCAGAGGAAGCUCUUCCUGCUGGCUGCUCAGUCAGGAUCUGAUGGAUUAAGCAGAACCUGCGGCCUACAAAAGUUCCAGGACCUGCUUCUGACAUUGGUGUGACUGGUUGGCACUGUGGUGCCAGAGAGGACUGGCAAAUGGAUCUUUUGUAACAAGGGAGCAUUCCAUGUAUGGGUUUCAUCCUCGAAUCAUGCGAGGAGUAAGGAACGUGUAGGUCAGGAUAAUGCCACUGUUGUGACGUUAAGUAGCUAAACAAAUGCUAUUUUUCAAAAAUGAGUACUGUACUGAUGAGGGCAUUGUUGCUGCUAGUUAGUGUACAAUAUCUUACUUUUCAUUAAUAUGAUUAUAUUCAAUAUUACAAAGAGUGUAUUACAUAUUGUUUUAUCUCUGCAUGUGGAGUCAUAUUUCCAAUAACAAACUUAUGUAUUGCUGACAAGUUCUCCUACUUUCAACAGGAUGUAUUUAGCUUAAAAAUUAAGCCUAUUUUAAGUGCAAUUACCAAAUGUUCCUCAUUUGUGUGUGUGUAUAUAUAUAUAAUAUAUAUACAGUAUCUCACAAAAGUGAGUACACCCCUCACAUUUCAGUAACUAUUUUAGUAUAUCUUCUCAAGGGACAAUACUAUAGAAAUGAAAUUUGUAUAUAUUUUAGAGUAGUCAAUGUGCUGCUUGUAUAGAAGUAUAGAUUUACUGUCCACUGAAAAUAACAUAACAUACAGCCAUUAUUGUCUAAAUAGUUGGCAACAAAAGUGAGUACACCCUAAGUGAUAACAGCUCUACAUCUUUUAACCAUGCAAAGCCACAUGUCCUAUUCAUCAUGUUUAUGUUUUUGUCUGCUUGAUAGGGCAAUACAAAUUUGCGUAUCUUGUUUUAGAGAAGUUAAAAUUUGAUGCUUUGAGUACAAUUCUCUCAUACUAACUACUGAAUGUUCAACAUGGCACCUCAUGGCAAAGAACUCUCUGAUUAGAGAAUUAGAAUUGUUGCUCUCCACAAAGUUGGCCUAGGCUAUAAGAAGAUCGAUAACACCCUGAAACUGAGUUACAGUACAGUGGCCAGAGACAUACAGAGGUUUUCCAAGACGGGUUCCACUCAGAACAGGCCAAAGAAGUUGAGACCUUGUGCUGUGUGUCAGGUGCAGAAGCUGGCUUCAAAAAACAGACGCAUGAGUGCUGCCAGCAUUGCUUUAGAGAUUGCAGAAGCGGAAGGUCAGCUUGUCAGUGCUCAGACCAUACGCCGCACACUGCAGCAAGUCAGUUUGCAUGGCUGUUGUCCCAGAAAGAAGCCUCUUCUGAAGCUGGCUCACAAGAAAGCCCGCAAACAGUUUGCUGAAGACAACGUGUCCAAGAGCAUGAAUUACUGGAACUAUGUCCUGUGGUCUGAUGAAAAAAAGAUAAACUUGUUUGACUCAGAUGGUGUCCAGCAUGUGUGGCAACGCCCUGGUGAGAAGUACCAAGAAAAUUGUGUCGCCUACAGUCAAACGUGGUGGUAGCAUCAUAGUCUGGGAUUGCAUGAGUGCUGCUGGGACUGGGGAACUGUGCUUCAUUUAGGGAAACAUGGAUUGUACUGUGACAUUCUGAAGCAGAACAUGAUGCCAUCCCUUCAGAAACUUGGCCGAACGGCAGUUUUCCAACAGAAUGACCCCAAACACACCACCAAGAUGACAACUGCCUUGCUGAGGAAGGUGAAGGUGAUGGAGUGGCCAAGUGUGUCUCCAGACCUGAACCCUAUUGAGCACCUGUGAGGCAUUCUCAAGCGGAAGGUGAAGCGUCAUGUGUCUAACAUCCAGCAGCUCCGUGAUGUCAUUAUGGAGGAGUGGAAGAGGAUCCCAGCAACAACCUGUGCAGCUCUGGUGAAUUCCAUGCCCAUGAGGAUUAAGGCAGUGCUAGAUAACAGUGGUGCUCACACAAAAUAUUGACACAUUGGACACAGUUUUGACAUGUUCACUUAGGGUGUACUCACUUUUGUUGCCAGUUAUUUAGACAAUAAUGGCUGUAUGUUGAGUUAUAUUUAGAGGACAGUAAAUCUGUACUACUAUACAAGCAGCACAUUGACUACUCUGAAGUAUAUACAAUUUUCAUUUCUAUAGUAUUGUCGCUUGAGAAGAUAUACUAAAAUGGUUGCUGAAAUGUGAGGGGUGUACUCACUUUUGUGAGAUACUGUAUAUACAUUAUAUAUACAGUGUGUAUGUAUGUAUGUAUAUAUAUAUAUAUAUAUAUAUAUAUAUAUAUAUAUAUAUAUAUAUAUAUAUAUAUAUAUAUUACAAAUGAAGAGCAGUUAAAAUUGAUAUAAUUGUCUGAUUUAAAUACAAAUUAAUUUAAAAAUAUGCUUAUACUUCAGGACAGGAUUGUUUUUUUUUGUUUUUUUUGUAUUAUUGAUAUGAGAAUUUAGGGCAUGUCCGUAAUUAUCAUGACAAUAAUGUCACAAUGCAAAAACAUUCAAUAUUUAUUUUCUUUAUGAGAAAUAUAAUCUUUCUUUGGAUCUUAGAGUGAAAUAGGGACAUUCCGUGAUUGAUUAACCCAACUAAUCCUUGAGUGCUUUUCCAGUGCUUUAUAGCAUGCCAGACUGUGUAGUUGAUAGUGGAUACCUUAGAUAAUUCUCUUUUCAUAACUGUGAUUUAGGCUUCAAAUAGAGAUGUUGUUUUGAAGUUGCACAGCUGUUUAAAACUAAGGCCUCUUCACUGUGAAAUCAAUUCAGUCUGGUUAUGUGAGUGCUUUGAAUUAGCAUCAACAAGAGCUAGUGCAACUAUAUGAAAAGUCUCUUGAAAAAUACAGCUUAUUUACACCAUAUUAAUUGCAAAUUACAUUGGCUACAGAUACUCCUACCCUGGAGCUACAGACAGAUGAAAUGCCACUAUGUAAUAAAUGUCAGUUUUGCAAUGCAAUGCUUUGCAGUGUAUUUUUAGUCUUGUGAGGAUUCCGCAAUGCUGAUUUGUAAUAAUCAGAACUCUUAUAUAUCAGACUAUCCUGGAAAACUACUGUGUGGCCAAUAAUUUGAUAACUUUUAUAACAGUUGGUCAAGAUUUUUAUUUUAUUUUACCUCAUUUUAUUCAGUAUGCAGCAUGUGACAUCUCAAAGAUAAAGUGAAGCAACAGCAGUGUCUACAGGAGCACUACUGCAGUGCAAACAUGUACAAACCUCUGUAAUUAUUCUGUAUUAAAGGAAUGCUCAAUAUAAGUUGACAACAACUCUA